AUGCAACAUUCGACGACAAUUGUUGGUGGAAGAAGAGGUAUGUGCGUCAGUAUGCGUACUGCUGCAUUCUCAAAUACUCGGGUUCCACCCCCUUCACAACGAGUAGCGAAGAACGAUAAGCAGAGCAUUGAAGACGAGAGAGAUGAGCCCCUACAGGUGAAGAAGAAGAUCAAGAAGUUGUCUACGAAGACCAAGUCCAUGAAGCUCGACGGCCACGCGAGUUCGUCCAGCUGGCGCAUCCACGGCUCCGGAGGGGAGUCGAGCGACUCGUGCUCUAGCCAGAGCUCCGACUCGGAGUGGGGAGGUUCUGACUGGGGAUCCGACUCUGAUUCCAGUUCGGAUGGGGGUUGUUCGGAUGGCGGAGGUUCCGGCGAUGAUGGUGGAGGAUCGGACUAAUAGGGUCAGCUAGAGUAUAUACAAGCCUAUACAUGGAGCCCUCUACUCUGGGUGAGCGCGCCUGUGUGGGCUUCCUGAAUCUCCAUUUCCUGAUCUCCACAUAUAAGAGCAUAGAUAAUGGCGUGCCAGUGGUUUUCAGGAGCUCGGCAACUGCGUUGGCGAUGACGAGAGGGGAAGAAAAAAUGUAAUUAUUUGAACCGAAAAAAAAAUAAGGUUUUUCGCUGGCGAGGUGGUGCGUUUCCAUGUGGGACGACCGUUGUUGCCAAUGGCCUCUGAAAUCGUCAGCGCUUGGUCUCUCCAAUGAUGAGAUUCACGGCAUACCAGAAGUUACGAAAACGUAGCGAGCGCUCUCGAGUAGGUUCUGCCUCGUGUAAAACGUCCACUUGACUUUGGGUUAUUGCAUGAGGAGGAUGAAGGCAGCCGAAGCCUCCGUCGAGGGAGGUGUACAGUUUUUUCGCUAAUCGAUUAGGUGGCCCGGUGUGGGUUAGGAGAUAUUCGGGUUGUUAGCGGCUACAUCCGUCCAAGUAAAUAGUACAUAGACCGGUCUUCUAGCAUGAAACACAAGGUUGAGAUAAGGGUGUGGCGUGCUAUCGGGGUGGUA